GCUGUUAGCUGCUGCUCGGAAGGAGACGACGAAGUGCAGAAAAGUUCAAUUUAAACCCUAAAAACGAAGCGAUUUACAAAUGGACUGAAUUCGGGUUCGCUUUCACGGGGCUGUUACUUUUAUUUUAACGUUUAUUUAUUUUAUUUAACCGAUGAAAAUCUUUCUGUGAAGCGGCUUUGAGCUCCAGUCUGCGCUGAAGAUGAACGCUCUGGUGGCUCUCUGUCACUUCUGUGAGCUCCACGGCCCUCGGACGCUGUUCUGCACCGAGGCGCUGCACCCCCCAUCCCCGGACCCUUCGUCCCAGGCCGGAGCCCCGGUGCCUGGGGACCGGGACCGAGACGGCGACCGGGAGGGCGAAGGGCUGACCAUGAGGGCCAACAGCUCGGCCACGCAGAGGGGGGAAAUGUGUGAGGGAUGUCGAUCUCUUCCUGCGUCUCACCCGGGCUUUGUGAGCAUCGACGACGAAACAGGAAUCCGCUUCCUGAGCCACCAGCAUCCCCGACAGCCUCAGCUGUUCAGUGUGGUCCGCCAGGCUUGUGUUCGCAGCCUCAGCUGCGAGGUGUGUCCUGGACGCGAAGGGCCGAUUUUCUUUGGAGAUGAGCAGCAUGGGUUUGUGUUCUCGCACACCUUCUUCAUCAAAGACAGCCUGGCCCGAGGCUUCCAGCGCUGGUACAGCAUCGUGAUGGUGGCGAUGGACAGGAUCUACCUGAUCAACUCGUGGCCUUUCCUGCUGCGUCACCUCAGACUCACGAUACAGAGUCUGCAAAGCACCGCUCUGAAGGUGUUUGACAGCGAACAGGGGGUUUGUCCUCAGCGAGCUGUGAGGAUGAACAGCGUGUUUUCACCUGCAGUGUUUCCUCACCAGCGCAGCGGCAAUGCAGCCCGCUCGCUCACCUCCCUGACGCAGCACCCGAGCCUCUGGGCCAGCCUGCACUCGUCCUUCAGCUGGCUGCUGAAGGCUUGUGGGAGUCGUCUGACCGAGAAACUCCUCGAAGGAGCUCCGACCGAAGACACUCUGGUCCUGAUAGAGAGACAGACAGAGCAAGAGGAGGAGAUGAGCUGCUGGGAGGGAGCGGAAGGAGGCGGGGCCAAGUCGCAGCGCCACCAAUCAGAGAGCGGCCUGGGCCUCGACUUCCUGUGUGAAGACGCAAAGUUGGACGAGUUACCGGGGCCCAAGUUCAGGUCACUGAGGCACCUGAGACAGGUCCUCGGAGCCGCGGACUUCCGACAGCUGGCGUGGCACGUGCUGAUGGGAAACCAGGUGAUCUGGAGAGGCGCUGACCCCGGCCUCAUCCAGUCAGCCUUCACCGUGCUCAAGUCCUUGCUGCCGGUCGGCUGCGUCCGCUCGGUGCCGUACAGCGCUCAGUACGAAGAAGCCUACAAGUGCAACUUCCUGGGUCUGAGCCCAGACGUGCCGAUUCCAGCCCACGUCAGCUCCUCAGAGUUCUCAGUGCUGGUGGACGUGGUCCUGGACAGGAGCUGCCAGGCGCCGGCCGGAGGGGAAGACGACAUCGGGUCGCUGUAUCAGCUCAGCAUCAGCAGCGCCAACACGCAGCCCACAGACAGAGGUCCGACGUUACUGAACAAGCUGGAGGUGGCUUUGUCUAACGAGAACCUGUCGGUGGACGUCGUGUCUCACUGUCUGCUGUGUCUGAAGGAGGAGUGGAUGAAUAAAGUCAAAGUGCUGUUCAAGUUCUCCAAAGUGGACGGUCGAGGGCGGGAGGACACCCAGAAGGUCCUGGCCCUGCUCGGGGCCACCGGGCCCAGCGAGGAGGACAACGUCCGGCUGCUCAAGUACUGGAUGACCGGACUGAGCAAGACCUACAAGAGUCACCUGAUGACGGCGGUGCGAGGAGGCGAGAGGAGCCCCAGCCAGUGACCAAGACGGGAGGAGGAGGAGGAGGACAGAAGGAGCUGGAAGGAGGCGAGGCAGGAGCAGGAAUCUCUUCAUCACCGCUUUGGGACUUUGAGUGAAAGAGGAGCCCGACAGCAGCGGUUCUGCUCGUCCAUGACUGUAAUGAGAACUCUGUUGUGUGCCGGUUCUGAUCCAGAUGAACACGUCUGGAUGAUGCUUCUGUUGGUCAAAGGGAAUUCUGUCAGAGGGACACGUCCAGACAUGUGAAGUUUAACUUAUGACAAAAAGCACUUUGUUUGAAAAAAAAAAAGAAAUAAAUAAUGUGAACUUUCA